AUGUCGGACCCCAACGCGACCAGCAAUGGCCACGGCACUACCCAAGAAGCGUCCUUCUACCACAAUUCUGUUGAGCUCGCUGAUCUUGGUAUCAAGCGCUUCGACCAAGAUACCGCCGCAAUUGGCGACCGCGACUUUGCCCUGCACGCCAACCAACCAGUCAUCACCCGCGCCGGCCGUGCGCCCCGUGGUCUCGAAAGCCAAGUUCAUGCUUGGAACACGUUUCAGUACACCACUGAUGAGGUAGACAGCCGCGAGGAGCUCAAGGGUGAUUUACACGGCGGACAGCUGCAUCGCGAGAAUAGAGCUGCGGCAAAUCCGCAGGGUAUGGCGCCGAUGGAUUUUAGUGGUGGUAGGGGUAGAGGUUUUGAGAGGGGAGGUCGAGCUGGUGCUAGAGGUGGACGAGCGGGAGGCGCCGGACGAGGUGGCGUCAGGGAUGUCGGGCAGAUGGAGGGACUAUGUGCGGGUAGGAAGCCGGAUUUCGAUGCGCCGCCAAUGGCCAAGGGUAUGGCGGAGGAGAUGGACAAGAGUAUGUUUUGGGAUGAACCUAUCGUUUGA